AUGGUUGUCAAAAGUAAAUUGAAGAUGGCGCUUGCAGCCGAUAAGAACACCAGUUUUUCGAAAUUACAUCAGAAGAAGGUGGCUAAAGUUGCGAGGAAAGAUAAGGCCGUGAAGAGCUCGAAGAAGGUCGAACAGGAAUGGGAGGAUGUUGAGGGACAGGGUGAAGAUGAGGAAGAGGAGGAUGCUGAAGAGGGAGAUAGUGAGGAUGAGGACGAAGAGGAAGGAAAUGGUCCUACUGAGAUUGACUUUGCAGCAAUCGACGAAAGUGAUAGUGAUUCUUCUGUUGGCGGAGAUGAAAACGAGGAGGAUGACGAAGACGAUGACGAAGACGAUGAAGAUAUCCCCAUGUCCGAUCUCGAAGAUCUUGAUGACGAAGAAAGAGAAGAUAUGAUCCCUCAUCAACGUCUUACCAUAAACAACACAGUCGCUCUUACCGCAGCCCUGAAACGUAUCUCUCUCCCGGUCGCCACUCUCCCAUUCUCCGAACAUCAAUCUAUCACAUUAGAGGAACCUACGGAAAUCGCAGAUGUUUCCGAUGAUUUGAGCCGCGAAUUGGCUUUCUAUUCACAAUCGCUUGAGGCUGUUAAGGCAGCGCGAGUGCAAUUAAAGGCGGAAGGUGUAUCUUUCACUAGACCUACGGAUUAUUUCGCGGAGAUGGUAAAGGCGGACGAACAUAUGGAGAAGAUCAAAAGAAAGUUGAUCGAUGAAGCAGCUGGAAAGAAGGCAUCUGCGGACGCAAGGAAACAGAGAGAUUUGAAGAAGUUCGGAAAGCAAGUUCAAGUCGCCAAGUUACAAGAGAGAGACAAAGAAAGGAAGGUGACUUUGGAUAAGAUCAAGACCUUGAAGAGAAAACGUCAAGGUGCCGACACGGAAAACACAAAGGAAGCAGACCUCUUCGAUGUAGCUCUCGAAGAAGAAACCAAACCUUCAGGAAACCGAAGUGAUCGCAAGAGCGGACCAAAUAAGAGACAAAAGAAAGACGAGAAAUUCGGCCAUGGUGGUAAGAAGAGGUUUAAGAAGAGUGGUGAUGCGGAGAGUACUGGAGAUCUAACCGGAUUCUCGGUCAAAAAGAUGAAGGGUGGUGGUGCUAAGGGCGGUGCAAAGACUAGACCCGGAAAGGCCAGGAGAGCCGGUGGAAAGAAAUAG